CAGGGAGAGAAGUGAGCCUCAGGCCAGGCUCCCCCGGGCAAAGGCCGGGUCAGCAAUGCCGGGCCCCAGCAUUCUUGGAUGCCCAGCCCUGCUGGAGCGCAGGAGGCAGCUCUGGCCACAGACAGAGAUAAGACAUCAGCUCAGGCCCAGAAACCUGCUGAGAAGAUCUGCACCACCUAUUGGAUUUUACCCCACAAAGCUCCCCGUGUGAAGCACCUGACACCGUCAAUGUAGACCAGGCAAUGAUUCAGUAGGAGACUGCAGAUCGGGGCAGGGCUCCUGGCUGCCGAGGAUGAACGGGGACGAGGAGUUCUUUGAUGCCGUCACAGGCUUUGAUUCUGAUAACUCUUCUGGGGAAUUUUCAGAGGCCAGUCAGAGAGCCCCCGGAGGGCUGCCUGUGGACACCAGCAAAAGCAACGGCAUCGGGGAAGCUGGGGAGAGGCCCCCGCAGGAGAAUGGGAUUCAGAGACACAGGACGUCCUUGCCGGCCCCGAUGUUCACCAGGAGUGACUUCAGUGUGUGGGGGAUCCUGAAGAAGUGCAUCGGCCUGGAGCUGUCCAAGAUCACGAUGCCCAUUGUCUUCAAUGAGCCCCUGAGCUUCCUGCAGCGGAUCACGGAGUACAUGGAGCACAUCUACCUCGUCCACAGAGCCUCCCGCCAGCCCCAGGCCCUGGAGAGGAUGCAGUGUGUGGCUGCCUUUGCGGUGUCGGCGGUGGCUUCCCAGUGGGAGAGGACCGGCAAGCCGUUCAACCCACUCCUGGGAGAGACAUACGAGCUGAUCAGGGAAGACCUAGGGUUCAGGUUCAUAUCCGAGCAGGUCAGCCACCACCCCCCUGUGAGUGCAUUUCACUCCGAAGGUCUCUGUCAGGACUUCCUGUUCCACGGCUCCAUCUACCCGAAGCUCAAGUUCUGGGGGAAGAGCGUGGAAGCGGAGCCCCGGGGCACCAUCACACUGGAGCUUCUCAGACACAAUGAGGCCUACACCUGGACCAACCCUACCUGCUGUGUGCACAACGUGAUUAUCGGGAAGCUCUGGAUAGAGCAGUACGGGACGGUGGAAAUCCUAAACCACAGGACUGGAGAUAAGUGUGUGCUUCACUUCAGACCGUGCGGGUUGUUUGGAAAAGAGCUUCACAAAGUGGAAGGACACAUUCAAGACAAAAACAAAAAGAAGCUGUUCAUCAUCUACGGCAAGUGGACGGAGUGUUUGUGGGGCAUCGACCCUGCGGCGUAUGAGUCCUUCAGGAAGCAGGAGCGGAGGGGCGAGCCCCCGAGGAAGGCACAGUCGGGCAUCAGCAUGGAGAACGCUGACACUGAAGUGGUGGAUGCCGUGCCUGAGGUCCAGGACACUGUGCAGGUCAUUCCAGGCAGCAGGCUCCUCUGGAGGAUCAACACCCGGCCCCCCAACUCUGCCCAGAUGUAUAACUUCACCAGUUUCACUGUUAGUCUCAAUGAACUGCAGACGGGCAUGGAGAAGAUCCUGGCCCCCACAGACUGCCGCCUGCGUCCUGACAUCCGCAGCAUGGAGAACGGCAACAUGGGUGGUUCCGCCAGGGCAGGAAUCCACACACUGGGACCCCCGACUGGCUGUACUCAGGGGGCUACUUCGAGCGGGAUUUCUCAGGCUGCCCGGACAUCUACUGAUGUGCCCCGGGACCCAGACCCCUGCCAGGCUGGACCCCGCCACGUGGCUCCUCUGAGCUCCGGGUACGGCAGCAUCAGCCUUUCUAAGGACCGUGUUCACGGAGAAAGCGCCAUCCCGGCUGAGGACUCAAUCCUAAUUAACUUUUGAUUGCCAACCAUUCAUUACUGUUGCCGUCUCUUCAUAAAGCUUCCCUCGGGAUCAUCAUGUUUUCAUUAAGAUUUGAGAAGGAACGUUCUUCAACUCCUUUAUGUGACAGGUCAGCUGGGGCAUCUCAACCGACAGCAGCCUGAUGACCAAUUUGAAACUAGCGGAAGGAACAGCAAGGAGGGGCCAUGUUCCUCCUUAAAACGCAGCGUUACGAGUGUCCAAAAGUAGUUUAAAUUGGAACCAAUAACAGAAAAGACAGAUCUUGAAACUAACCCUGCAGCGAGCUCUCUGCGGCCAGGAACGCUGUCUGCGCCGGGAACAAAGUGAGUGUUUCAGAGCGUCGGAUUAAAUGACAUGGGUCGCUGUCGGGUUCUGUGUUUUCUUGCCAACUUUCAAUGAUGUAAAGAUAACUUUUAAAUAUUUAAGUUAAAGCUGCUUGACUAGGAUUUGCUGAAGAGCAAGACAUGCAUUAAUCGCCAGCUGUAUACGCAAAAGGAAGCAUUGCCAUGACAGGGGUCCAGAAACAUGGCAAGUUGUUGACCAAGUCCCCAGACGGCUCCCAGCCUUGAAGGGAGCCCUGCCUCUGGCCCUGUCUGCUCUUUUCACCAGGGCUGCACUGUCACUGCAGGCCAAACCCAUGUCACAAAACAAGUUAUUCGUUAGAAUGUUUGGUCUGUAACCACAGCACUGUGUCCUUGUUUUCCCAGCAUGCGUGUUUGAAACACAGGAUACAGGAGGCCACACCUGGUGUGCACUGGGGGGUCAGAGCAGAGGCUACUUACAGGUGAAUUAGGGUUAUUGUACAGAACACAGGUGUGCAUCCAUCUCUGCACACGUCCUGAUCAGGUGACUGUUUUCUUUCUGUAGAAAUAUCAACACGUAGAUCAUGGUACCACUCUCUGAAUGGAAGACAAUCUGCUGCAUGCGGGUGCACACACACAAACUCACACGUGUGCACACAUGCAUAUGCGUACAUGUGUGCUCUCACAUGCAUACCCACAUGUGUGCACAUGUACACACGCACACAUGCACACGCAGUUGUAUGGAGUGGUGGGUUCCCUCUGAGAGGGUGUCACUGUUGUGUGUCCAGGCUUCAGAAUCACAUUUGUAAUUAAAACUUUUGAAAGCGAA